AUGUAUGUCGGCAGAACGGUUGCUGGUCUUCCAUCGGGUAGUCACGAGUUCGCAAUUCUACCGCCACAUUUUGUGGAGCAAGAUGAAUGGGUAAAACUUGGUGUUACAAGGGUAUUUCAAGGGAUACCCGAACAUUUACUGUUUGUUGGAGAGUUUUGCCUCGCGUCAUUAGUGUAUCACACGCCGUACAUCAGAAUGCACCUCCCUCCUCGCCACCCUCUUUUCGAGACGGCAUUAUUUCAGGAUCCAGAGCUUCUCGGGAAUUUGAGCUCAUGUGUACAGUGUGGAUACGCCGGGCCUAAAACACAGCUCAAAGCAACGGGCCUUCCGCCUCAUGUAUCCAUUUUAGGCCAAAUGAGAGUACUGCAAGACAAUACGCUGUCAACUAUCGAAAUGAUUGAGGAAUCCCGCCGCGAAAUUGUGAAGGAUAUUAUUCAUGAGCUGGAAGAGCGUGCUAUCGGCGCUGGAACUGUCACGUUCGACGGGCUUCAUGACGCUCUACGGAAGUGCCUUGAAGAAGCCGGUGUUCACGAUCUAGUUAGCCAGCCCAACGUGUCAGAAGUACAGCAAGACAUCGAGCAGGAUCCAGAUGACAAGCGAACAGCGCUGCCUACCUUCUUUUGGGCUGGGAGAUUUCGUCGGGUCCCCUGA